AUGAUCGGGCAGGCGGCGCGGGCGGCUCGGCAAAACACCAAGGACUGCGAGCACCUAGCGUGCCGCGUCAGCAUGCUCGCCGAGCUUGUUCCCUGUCUGCAGGACCCGGAGGCCAGGCGGGUGCUGGCCGGGCUGGACGGGACGCUCUUGGAGGCGCACAGCCACGUCAUGUCCUGCCAGAGGAAGGGGUUCGCGUCCCAGCUGUUCUCGGCGUCUAGGGACAUCGACCGCAAGAUCGACACCUACCUCUCGAUCAUCCCUGUCAUCAGCUACAUCGGCAUAGCACGCCGCCUCGAUGGAAAUCCCAGCUCCCGUUCUCAAUCCCUGCUGGAUGUGUCGGGCAGAGCUGAGGAUGGGGAGUUCACGCUGACCGAGAUCGUAGUGGCCACCAACAACUUCGCCGUCAUGCUCAGCGACGACGCUGACUCUGGCACCAAGGUGUACAAGGGCAAGCUCUACAACGGGCCUGAGGUGCUACUAGGCGCGGCGCGCGCUGUCGAGCACCUGCACCGCCACGCCAUGCCACUCAUCAUCCACGGCAACAUCGCCUCCUCCAACAUCCUCCUGGACGCCGCUUGGGAGCCAUGCCUGUCCGGCUUCGGCACAUCGGUGCGGCGGGCGGCGGGCGUGACGUCACAGGCCGUGGAGGUCGCCGGCGCCGCGUCGUGUGGUGGGUACGCAGACCCGGAGUACUACAGCACGGGCCACAUCAAGCCAGCCAGCGAUGUUUACGGCCUGGGCAUGGUGAUGCUUGAGGUCCUGACAGGGCAGCCCCCCGUGGUGAGUGUCUGGGACGAGGCGAAGCAGGAUGUAGUAGCCAUGACCAUGGUGUCGUUCGCGCUACCGACCAUCCAGGCCGGUAGGCUGGGGGACAUGCUCGACAGACGUCCGGCGCCGCAGCCGACAACGUGGCAGCAGAUCCAACCGCUGCAGCUGGUGGCCAACACAGCGGCUCGCUGUCUGUGCCUGCAUAUGGGGAUAACCGCCCUGCCAGACGUCGUCGCCAACCUCGAGCAAGCGCUCCACCUCCUAUGA